AUGGCGUUGCCCUGGAGCCCAGUGCUUCAAUGUUGAUGUGUUCAGAUUUAUUACCGUAAAGAAACUCGCGCGUGGGUAUUAUUAUUAUUAUUAUUAUUAUUAAAAAACUUGAAUCAUGAGUCGGUUCCUGACACUCGGCUGUUCUCUGUGUCGCGCUGCUCGGCGGAGUGUGUGGUCCAGUCAUAGUACAGAGAGGAGAGUUGGAGUGGACUUAGAGGGAAGAAAACUUGAGAUCUUGACAGGGAAACUUGCAAGAUUUGCAGAUGGAUGCUCUGUUGUUCAGCUGGGAGAGACAUCAGUGAUGGUCACCGCUGUCAGCAAGACCAAACCUUCACCCUCACAGUUCAUGCCCCUGGUGGUGGAUUACAGACAGAAAGCAGCGGCCGCUGGACGAAUCCCCACCAACUACCUGCGGCGAGAAAUCGGCACCAGCGACGCUGAGAUUCUCACCAGCAGACUGAUUGAUCGUUCCAUCAGGCCGCUGUUUCCUGCUGGAUAUUUCUACGACACACAGGUUCUGUGCAACAUUUUAGCCGUCGACGGUGUCAACGAUCCCGAUGUCCUCGCCAUCAAUGGAGCAUCUGCUGCUCUCUCCGUCUCCGAUAUUCCCUGGAAUGGACCUGUUGGUGCUGUGCGUAUCGGCCUGAUCGAUGGAGAGUUUAUUGUGAAUCCGACCCGGAAGGAGAUGAGCUCCAGCACGCUGAACUUGGUGGUAGCAGGAGCUCCUUCCAGCCAAGUGGUGAUGAUGGAAGCCGCCGCUGAGAACGUUCUCCAGCAGGACUUCUGUCACGCCAUUAAACUGGGAGUGAAACACACGCAACAGAUCAUCCACGCUAUCCAGCAGCUGGUCCGAGAGCACAAGGUGGUGAAGCGCAUGCCCCAGAAACUCUUCAGCGCCCCGCCCGAGAUGGUGGAGUACACGCGGCAGCUGGUUGGUGAGAAGAUCUACGCUGUCUUUACAGACUUUUCACAUGAUAAGGUCUCCAGAGAUGAAGCUGUGAACAAAAUCCGACUCGACUCGGAGGAGCAAGUUAAAGAGACAUUUCCUCAAGCCGAACCGUUUGAAGUGAUCGAGGCCUUCAACGUGGUUUCAAAAGACAUUUUCCGUAAUCUGGUGCUGACCGAGUACAGAAGGUGCGACGGACGAGACCUAACGUCCUUAAGAGAUAUUUCGUGUGAAGUGGACGUCUUUAAACCUCUACACGGCUCUGCGCUCUUCCAGAGAGGACAAACGCAGGUGCUUUGCACAGUAACUUUCGACUCUAUAGAGUCCAGCGUGAAAACAGACAUCGUAACCACGGCUCUGAGUGGAAUCAAAGACAAGAAUUUCAUGCUCCACUAUGAGUUUCCUCCGUACGCGACGAAUGAAAUCGGGAAAAUGGGUGGACUGAACAGACGAGAGCUCGGUCAUGGUGCUCUGGCUGAAAAAGCCCUGAGACCCGUCAUUCCUAAAGACUUCCCAUUUACAAUCCGAGUGACGGCCGAGGUGCUGGAGUCCAACGGCUCAUCGUCCAUGGCGUCGGCGUGUGCAGGCAGUCUGGCUUUAAUGGACGCAGGUGUGCCGAUAUCCUCAGCGGUGGCCGGAGUGGCUGUGGGUCUUGUUUCCAAACCAAACCCUGAGAAACUCUCCGAAAUCCAUGACUACAGAUUACUCACUGAUAUUUUAGGGAUUGAGGACUAUAAUGGAGACAUGGAUUUUAAAAUGGCCGGAACAAACAAAGGCAUCACUGCGUUACAGGCUGAUAUUAAGAUCCCAGGUCUUCCUCUGAAAAUUGUUAUGGAGGCCAUUCAGCAGGCGACAGUGGCGAAGAGAGAGAUUUUAGGGAUCAUGAAUAAAAGCAUUUCGAAGCCCCGAGGCUCGAGGAAGGAGAACGGCCCUGUUAUCGAAAAUGUCCGCGUGCCGAUUUCCAAAAGAGCGCGAUUUGUUGGUCCUGGAGGAUACAACCUCCGCCGACUGCAGGCCCAGACAGGCGUGACUAUCAGCCAGGUGGACGAGGAGACAUUCUCGGUCUUCGCUCCGACUCCACACGCCAUGCACGAGGCUCAGGAGUUCAUCACUGACAUCUGCAAAGAUGAUCAAGAGCAGCAGCUUGAGUUCGGGGCUGUUUACACGGCAACCAUCACGGAAAUCAGAGACAGUGGGGUGAUGGUGAAACUUUAUCCCAACAUGAGUGCUGUGUUACUGCACAACUCCCAGCUCGACCAUAAACGGAUCAAACAUCCCACUGCUCUUGGGCUGGAGGUUGGCCAGCAGAUCCAGGUGAAAUAUUUCGGUCGCGACCCCACAGACGGCAGGAUGAGGCUGUCGCGUAAAGUGCUCCAAUCUCCCGCAGCCACGGUGGUGAAGACGCUGAGCGAGAGACAGAGCAUCACGAUGGGAUCAGCAGACGGACAGCCGUCACCUUCGUCCUGACCUCUUCAUUGACGUGCUUUGGACUGAAUUUAUUUACGACUCAAUCUGGAUUCAGGAAGAAAAGUUUCCCUGCAUCACCUUUUAGCGUUUAACAAAUUCUGAGUGAGAGCUCAUGGUUUAUACACCAGAUGGUGUGUUAUGGACAUUCUCAUAGUCCAGGGUUGGAGGUAAGAGGUGGUGGUGGGGUCACUGUUGCUGUCCUGAAAUGCACGCUGUUUGAACAAAACACAAGAUUCUAAAAACAGUGUGAAUGCAGCGAAAUGGUAUGGAGGGUUAACGGUGUGUUCUGGAAAGGUAUAGAGCAGUUUGUAUGUAUAAUUAUCAUGAUCGUGUUUAUUGUUUUCUGCUUCACAAUCAAUCAGAGCUGCAGGUUUAUAUUAUUCGGUCAGUUUCAGAAAUAUUGGCAUCCAGCAUAAGAGGAGGCCAAAAAUGUAUCUAUAUUGCAAAUGAAAAUUGCGCCCAUUUUCCACUCUAAUCAUUGGCUCAACUAUUUUCCUAUCCAUUGCCCAAUUAUAUUCCUGUACGAACUGAUUUUCAAAAGGUUUACAUUCUCUCAAAAAUUGUGUGGCAAAAUUGUUGGCACCCCUAUAAUCACUGUCAAUUGUUCUCGGUCUCCAAGAAGUGUUGUCGUCUUUGACGCAGUAUGAUGUUUCACAUGUCAUCUUCCAGUACCUUCAUUGAAAAAAAUAAUAAUAAUUAAUAAUAAUAGCUUUCAGAACCAGAGUUAGAAAGCUGUUGACCUGCACAAGUUGAUGUCUAAAGACACUCCAAAAUUAAAGAUUUCAAGCGAACAGCUCGUGUUCUAUCAUCAGCAACUGAACACGUCAAAGGUGACUAAUAUGUCAGGUGUGUAAUAAAAUGUAUAUUGUUUUAAAACAGGGUUUAAAACCUCAACAACACUGCAGCACCUGAUCCAAGAGCAUCAGCACGACCUCAUGUACUAUUCAAAAGACUUUACAUGUGUGUAAUGUGCUUGUUUAGGACAAAAUACACAACACAAAUAUACUUUUAUAGUUUAUUGGUGCCACUGGAGGUUUAUUAACAUUAACAAAUGUGGUUGAUGAGAAGCUGAAACAUGAUUUAUUUCAAUAAAACCCUUUUGAAGAUUCA